AUGCCUGUUUCAGAGGCUAUAUUGACCCAGAUUCUGGCGCAGCUGGAGACAAUGCAGGUCGCGCAGCAGACGAUGCAAGCCAAGCUCGACUCGUUAUCUGCGGGUGCUCGUCCAAGCUCGCCAUUGGAGCCGAAGGCCUUGCUUCCGAUGCCCAGCACGCCGCCUCGUCCAACGUCGAUAUCAGCUGCAUCCUCCCCGGUGUCGAAACAGAAGGCUCUCGAUGAGGAGAGAAAGGCGGGCCUGGCGUCCUCAUCGCCCAAUACUUCAACGCCGCCGAAAGUAUUGACGGAUAAGGAGAGGGAGAAGCUGUUGUAUCCUGGGCGGGUCAAUCUAACAACCUACCCCGACCAACAUGGUAUCGCCCCACAACCUCUCCAAUGGGGAGCAUCGGACGCCACGACACGCGGACCCGUCAUCUGCUCCCGCCUGCCCUCGUCCAUCAAGCAACGCAACGCCAUCGGCGCUCAUUCGGGCUCCUACUCCAUCUACCGCGCCCUCGCCAUCGCCAUGGGCACCCUCAACCCCACCCAUAAGCCCGACUACUCCAUGACCGAGCCGCCUUUGCCCAUACCGCCCAACCCCACCUGGUUCGACCCCUCCAAGAUCGUCUCCUUCGACCCGUGGGGUCAUCUCGUCCCUCAGGUGUUCAGGAAGGAGACGGAAGAGCUGGGGUUGGACAUCCGCCCGAGCAUCGCGGUGACGAAGGCCCAUUUGAAGAUGAGCGAGCUGGACGAGGCGUCGCGGAGGGGCGAUUUGACCAUUGAUGGGUCGAUUGUGCUGAAGAGCCGCCCAGUGAAAAAUGUCGACGGUUCGGUCAGCGACAUCGAUCCUGGAGUGGAGGUUACAGUCAGCAAGGCCGCUGUAGAGCCCGUGUGGUACCUCCCUGGCGUGGCUGAGCGGUUCGGAAUCUCGGAGAGCCUCCUACGACGCGCAUUGUUCGAAGACACGGGAGGAAUGUACCCCGAACUCAUCACCCGCCCCGAUAUCAAAGUAUUUCUCCCACCCAUCGGCGGCCUAACGGUCUACAUCUUUGGAAACCCGGCCUUCGUCUCGGAUGAGUCGAAAGAACUUACUCUUCGUGUCCAUGACGAAUGCAACGGCUCUGACGUCUUCGGCUCCGACAUCUGCACAUGCAAGCCCUACCUCACCUUCGCCAUCGAAGAAUGCAUCCGCGGCGCGCAGAAAGGCGGCGUCGGUGUUGUAGUCUACUUCCGGAAAGAAGGUCGAGCCCUAGGCGAGGUUACGAAGUACCUCGUCUACAACCUCCGCAAACGCGGCGGCGACUCUGCCGACAAAUACUUCAAAUCGACGGAGAUGAUCGCUGGUGUCAAGGACAUGCGCUUCCAGGCUCUCAUGCCCGACGUCCUGCACUGGCUGGGUAUCAAGAAGGUCGACCAUAUGGUCAGCAUGAGCGACAUGAAGUACGACGCCAUCGUGAAGAGUGGGAUUCCAAUUUUGAACCGGUAUGACAUUCCUGACCACCUCAUCCCGCCGGACUCGCGGGUCGAGAUCGAUGCCAAGAUCGCCGCAGGAUACUUCACGAGCGGGAAGCAAAUCACCGAGGCCGAUCUGAUCAAGACUGUUGGUAGGACUUGGGAGGAGACGGAGCAUUAG